CGUGGAAAGAUACACCGCCAUAUUGGGUGUGAUGAAUUGUCACACACACACACACACACACACACACACAGAGAGAGAGAGAGAGAGAGAGAGAGAGAGAGAGAGAGAGAGAGAGAGAGAGAGAGAGAGAGAGAGAGAGAGAGAGAGAGAGAGAGAGAGACGAUCAUGCUCCGCAAACCUGCCAAGGUCCACAAGCGAAAUGAGACGGAUUCGGGGGCAGGGGCAGCGGAAGGGGCAGGAGAGGGAGUGGCGGGAGAAGAGGGGAGGACGACCAACGGGAGGAGGAGGAGGAGGUGGAGCAGGACAACAGGGCAGAAGGAUCGGAGGAGGGGGGGCAGCGUGAAGAGCGAGUGGACGAGGGCAGUGAACGGGGGAGGAGCAGUGGGAGGAGCAGGAGAGGGAGUGGAAUUUGAGCGCAAGGAACCAGAACUCCGAGCAAGGGCAGCCAUGAACCUGUCAUUCCUGUACUUUUUGGAGGGAGAUCUUCCUAAUGCUGAGAAGCAUGCAGAAGUGGCUGUGAAGACCGAUCGAUAUAAUUCACGUGCUCUGGUGAACCGUGGAAACUGUUUCUUUGCUCAGGGAGAUAUUGAGAGUGCCAAGAAUCUUUACAUGGAGGCGAUUGACGCCGAGGCUGACUGUAUAGAGGCGAUCUUCAACCUUGGCCUGGCAUACAAGAAGAUCGGGAAUCUACCUGAAGCGCUUGCUGCCUACAGGAAAGUGAACACCCUGCUCCCCAAUAAUACGGAGGUUAUCUAUCAGCGACGCCCUUUACUCAAUUUUCCCAAGAUGGCGAUCGCACAGCCAAUCAGGAUCGAGUAUCAUCAAUCGAUACCUAAUGCCAGCAAGCAGGAUGACGCGACGACAACAAAAGUAAGUGACAGCAAUCUAGAUCAAAUGCCAGUGUUGUUGUAAUUAAAAAAGAAAAAAAAAAAAAAGAUCAAGUGCCAGUUACAAAGAUGAAGACCAAGAUCGAUGCCGGGAGGGGGGGGGGGGACCACGGUUCGAUCCCCCGUGACGUAGAAUGGACGAGGAAAAAACAGCCGACGUGGAGUUCACCAUGAAAAUCCAAAAAUCGAUCACUUAGUUGAAUCCCUCAGAAAUCACGGUCGAUGUGAAGUACUUGAUCCUACAUGCAUCCCACACACCUGUUCCAACUCUAAACUGUCGGGCAGGCUGUUCUGUAUAUCCUUUCCCCCCGCCUAGAACAACCGUGCUCCUGAAGCUUGUUUGUUCCGCCUCGGCACGACAGGCCAGCCCACCGAUACUAUCUUUAGAGGAGGAGGGGGGGGGGCUUGUACGCUACAGACGACCAUGGGCAAGACACGUGGCAAAAAGAUCAACGAUCAUGGUGAAGACAUGUGGAGAGAAGAAUCUGGAUGGCGGAGCAGGUGAUCGACUGCAGAAGUACGACAAUCUCUCUCUCUCUCUCUCUCUCUCUCUCUCUCUCUCUCUCUCUCUCUCUCUCUCUCUCUCUCUCUCUCUCUCUCGUGUAACCAGCUAAUCUUGGUCUUUCUUGAGGAGAUGAGCACCACCUCCUCGCUUGCCUGCAUGCGGGCUUGCAGGUCUUUUACGUAUUUAUUUGUUUAUUGAGAAGGGACUUCGAUCAUGACCAACCUGCCGCCUCAGGGGAGACUGCAGCUCUAUACUUCUCACAGAUAGUAAAAACGUAACUUGAAGAGAUUUACCAUAUAUACUCACACGACUUUUUGUACCGACUUCUGGACGUAAUUCCGGUCGGAAACGUUCACGAACGGCUGUAAUUGCAGUCACAUUCAUGCUAGCAAGUCCUAGUGGGAGUGUAUAUGCCCUUAGGCACUGCUGCACAGAUCUCUUCUGCGCUGUGCGACAGGCGACCAACUCACCCGUACACAGCUCUCGUCGCUGCUGUGCGACG